AUGUCCACAAAAUUGUCGCUGCACGAAAUAAUUCCACACAAAACGGAUGUGGGCGCUCUUGCGAAUAGAAUUAACUUGGACACUAGAGCUCUUCACAACAAAAUCGAUAAAUGGGUUACCUUGAGAUUUGCUCUUGCCCUCAGGGACUACAGGAUCUACCGCCAAGGAUUGCAAAGUUUCUACCAUGUCUUCGCCACCGUCGAACGUAAUUUAUAUGAGCAACUUGAUUCCGAUGGAGAGUGGAAGGAUCUUUUGGCAAAGGUUUGGAAGCCGGAGAUGGCUAGAAGAGAGCGCGCGGAGCAGGACUUAUUAUUCUACUAUGAUGAUGAUAAGAAUAAGUUCUUGACACCAAUGAUGCCUGCUCAAAUUGAAUUCGUCAACCACAUUAAUGAAGCUAUCAAGGAGAAACCUUAUAUUCUUUUUGCGUACUUGCAUGUGAUGUACUUGGCUCUCUUCGCAGGCGGAAGGGUCAUGAGAUCAUCUCUCGGACGUGCUACUGGUCUCUUCCCGCAAAAAGAUGGUCUCAAGCAUGAGGAGGUUAUCAAAAUGGGCACCAAUUUUUUUCACUUUGAGGUUCCAGACGAGGAAACCUUCCGUCUUUUAUACAAGCGUGACUAUGAGCUUAUGACUAGGAACAACUUGACUGAGACUCAAAAGCAGGAAAUCAUAGAGGAAUCAAAGUACAUUUUCGAGCAAAACGCUAGAUGCAUGACUGAACUUGAAACCCACAAUAUGGCAAGAAUCAAGAGCAAAUGGGCUUAUAUCCUCGUUAGACAGGGAUACAACGUUGUCUUGAUUUUGUUGGCCCUCUUGGCCAUCUUUUUAAUGAGAAAAGUAUUCACGGGUUUGUUUUAA